ACGAUUAAGCGGUUUUGCGGCAGGAACAAGAAAAGAAAACCACAGGAAAAAAGAAGGUAUGGUAAUGGAAUUGGCAGUAAUAAUGGCAUUUUCACGGAAAUUCAAGCACCCAUCGCAGCCAUGGUGGCCGAGCUGCUGGGUAGCAACUUCUUCAUCCAUUCGCUGAAGCAAAGUAAGGUUUUUCUGAGACUUCUGUUCAUCUUCCAAGAAUGGUAGCCAUGGCCGAACGAGCCCUCACCCGUGUUCACAGCCUCCGCGAGCGCUUGGAUGAAACUCUCAUCACUCAACGAAAUGAAAUCCUGGCCCUACUCUCAAGGAUUGAGGCCAAGGGAAAAGGCAUUCUUCAACAUCAUCAACUGAUCGCUGAGUUUGAAACAAUUCCUGAAGAGAACCGAAAGAAACUUGCUGAUGGGGCAUUUGGCGAAGUCCUGAGAUCCACCCAGGAAUCCAUAGUUUUGCCUCCAUGGGUUGCUCUUGCUGUUCGUCCAAGGCCAGGUGUGUGGGAAUACAUUAGAGUUAAUGUCCACGCUCUGGUUGUUGAAGAGCUCCAAGUUGCUGAAUAUUUGCACUUCAAAGAAGAACUUGUGGAUGGAAGUGUGAACGGCAACUUCGUUCUUGAGCUUGAUUUUGAGCCGUUUACUGCUUCCUUCCCUCACCCAACUCUUUCCAAGUCGAUCGGUAAUGGUGUUGAGUUCCUCAACCGACACCUCUCUGCGAAGCUCUUCCAUGAUAAGGAGAGUAUGCAGCCAUUGUUGGACUUCCUCAGAGUUCACUGCUACAAGGGAAAGACGAUGAUGUUGAAUGAUAGAAUUCAGACCCUGAAUGCCUUCCAACAUGUUCUGAGGAAGGCAGAGGAGUAUCUUGUUACACUUGCACCCGAAACGCCUUACUCUGAGUUUGCACACAAGUUCCAGGAGACUGGCCUGGAGAGAGGGUGGGGCGACACUGCCGAGCGCGUCCUCGAAAUGAUCCAACUUCUUUUGGAUCUUCUUGAGGCCCCUGAUCCUUGCACCCUUGAGAAGUUCCUUGGGAGAAUACCCAUGGUCUUUAAUGUCGUCAUCCUUUCGCCCCACGGUUACUUUGCGCAAGAUAAUGUCUUGGGCUACCCCGACACUGGUGGCCAGGUCGUUUACAUCUUGGACCAAGUUCGUGCUUUGGAGCAUGAAAUGCUUCAACGUAUCAAGCAUCAAGGAUUGGACAUAACUCCUCGUAUUCUCAUUAUCAGUAGACUCCUCCCAGAUGCAGUAGGAACCACCUGCACCCAACGUCUCGAAAAAGUAUUCGGCACGGAGCAUGCCCACAUUCUUCGAGUUCCAUUCAGAAACGAGAAAGGAAUCAUCCGAAAGUGGAUCUCUAGAUUCGAAGUCUGGCCUUACCUAGAGACUUACACCGAGGAUGUUGCACAGGAACUUACCAAAGAGUUGCAGGGAAAGCCUGAUCUGAUAAUCGGAAACUACAGCGAUGGAAAUAUCGUUGCCUCAUUGCUGGCACAUAAACUAGGCGUUACACAGUGUACUAUUGCCCACGCCUUGGAGAAAACCAAGUACCCUGAUUCAGAUAUUUAUUGGAAGAGAUUUGAGGACAAGUAUCACUUCUCAUGCCAAUUCACAGCUGAUCUUAUCGCCAUGAACCAUACCGAUUUCAUUAUCACGAGUACCUUCCAAGAGAUUGCUGGCAGCAAGGAUACAGUUGGACAAUAUGAGAGUCACACUGCUUUCACUCUUCCGGGGCUCUAUCGGGUGGUCCACGGAAUCGAUGUGUUUGAUCCCAAGUUCAACAUUGUCUCUCCUGGAGCUGACAUGAGCAUCUACUUCCCCUACACAGAGACGGAGAAGAGGCUUACUUCCUUCCACCCCGAAAUCGAAGAGCUUCUUUACAGUCAAGUUGAGAACAAGGAACACUUGUGCGUUUUGAAAGAUCGGUCCAAGCCAAUCAUAUUCACAAUGGCGAGAUUGGACCGUGUGAAGAACAUAACUGGACUCGUCGAGUGGUACGGCAAGAACAAGCGCCUGAGGGAGUUGGUUAACCUGGUGGUUGUGGCGGGAGACAGGAGGAAGGAGUCUAAGGACAAUGAAGAGAAGGCUGAGAUGGAAAAGAUGUAUGCCCUAAUAGAGACCUACAACCUCAAUGGCCAAUUUAGAUGGAUUUCUUCACAGAUGAACCGAGUACGAAAUGGCGAACUCUACCGAUGCAUUGCGGACACAAAGGGAGCUUUCGUGCAGCCUGCCGUGUAUGAAGCUUUUGGUUUGACUGUUGUGGAGGCUAUGACCUGUGGAUUGCCUACAUUUGCUACUUGCAAUGGAGGCCCUGCCGAGAUCAUCGUCGACGGUAAAUCUGGCUACCACAUUGAUCCAUACCACGGUGACCGAGCUGCUGAAAUCCUCGUCGAAUUCUUCGAGAAGAGCAAAAAAGACCCAGCACAUUGGGACAAAAUCUCCAAAGGAGGCCUCCAGCGUAUCUAUGAGAAGUACACAUGGCAAAUCUACUCGGAGAGACUGCUGACACUGACCGGAGUUUACGGAUUCUGGAAGCACGUCUCCAACCUCGACCGCCUCGAGAGCCGCCGUUAUCUGGAAAUGUUCUAUGCUCUCAAGUACCGUAAGUUGGCUGAAUCUGUGCCACUGGCUGUGGAUGAGUGAGCAGAAAGCAGGAAAGAAACGAAGGAGAGCAUCAGCAAAGGAGUAACGAGUCUUUUUUUUUUUUUGUUUAUCUGAUUUUCGAAGGAGUUAAUAAAAGAGCUAUGUGAAUAAUGCAAAAAAGAAGAUUUCACUGUUUUUGUUUGUGUUUGUGUUUUUGGAGUCUUUGGAAAGGGUUUGAGUUUGUGUGAGAUUGUUGUACCAAUUGGUUCGUUCUUUUGAACCAUUCAUCAAUUCAAGAACUACUGCCCUUUUUUC